GCUGCACAGAGCUACAUGGCCACGACUGCCACCGCACCAACUACGGCCAAGCCCCCGGCCGCGAGCGCCAUCGCCUCGUCCCCCGACGCCGCCGCCGCCGCCGACCGCUCGUCGUCGCCCGCCGACCUCAAGCCCCCCUCGUCCACCACCGCGGGCCCGCCCUCGACCGCCACGGUCGCCGCAGGCGAGCAGGCGACUGGACCUGCCGACACGGGCGCCGAGGCAGGGCCGGCAGAGAGCGAGGCCGACGUUGGACCGGCGGGGACGGGCUCUGUCGUCGACAUGGACGUCUUUGGCCAACUGCUCGAGAUUGAUGACGACGAGGAGCACGAGUUCUCCAAGACGCUCGCGUUCGACUACAUCACCCAGGCCGACGCCACGUUCCAGGAGAUCGAGGAGGCCCUCGCGAGCAAGGACCUCGACGCCCUGUCGCGCAAGGGCCACUUCCUCAAGGGUUCGUCGGCCGCGCUCGGCCUGCAGCGCGUCCAGCACUCGUGCGAGGCGAUGCAGCACUUUGGCAAGAAGCGCGACGCGCACGGCGAGGGCCCCGAGGUGAGCGACGACGAGGCGCUCGCAAGGUGCCGGGCGCUCCUCGUCCGGCUCAAGAAGGAGCAGGAGGAGGCGAGGACCUGGCUCGAGGAUUUUUUCGCGACGGGCGAGUGAGUCGGGUUCCGAAGAAGGAGAAGCUUGGGCGGACACGGUCGAGGAGGAGGAGGAGGAGGAGCGUUCGUCGAGGAGGGAGGAGGGAGGAAGGCUUGCUGCAGCCGCACCCUGUCGUUUGAGCCCGCUUUUUGAGUGCCUCCGCGUGUACAUAGUUCUCUCGACACUCGCAACCCAAACCCUUUCGAGCCACUGUUGCGCCGUGUGCGAGACAGAGAUCUCGCGCCAAGUGGGCGGUGCAGCUCUCCC